ACCUAGUCGGCAAGCACCAGCCAGUGAUCUAGGGUUGCAACACCAGCUCCACCCUGGAAGAUCAAAACGACUGCUGCAAAGCCAUCAACAUUUGCCUGGGCUCAAGAGGUGAGCGCCUCUUCGUGAUACGUCACAACUCUCAACGCCAUGAGAAGGCCCUGCACUGUGAAUUUUUAGCUCGACAGCGUUUAGACUUUCAACAACGUUUCUUGAACCUUGUGUCCGGAACUCGGCUACGGUUAAGCCCGCCUGGACUUCCACGCGUGCCAACUACUCUGCGGGAUGACGAAAGAGGUGUGAACCAUCAAGAAGGCUCUUAGUGUCCUUCGAAGACCAUUUGGCUGAAGUGAGGACAUUGCUCAGUCGAGCGCUACACCAAGAUCAACAACAACAUGCGUUUCCGUGAGAAGAAGCGUAUCGACUAUGGAGCAGAAGAUGAGAAGGAUAACCCACCUGAGUUCGUUGGUCUACGAGACCGUAUUGCUCAUUUCACAUGGCCAUGGUUCGCAGCAACAAUGUCCACAGGAGCCCUUGCCGUCGUGUUAGGGAACACUCCUAACACGUUCACCGGACUGCAGGCUAUCGGGAAAGUCGUCUUCGUCGUCGACAUCGUUCUCUUCCUCUUGUUCAACGCUCUGAUGAUAACGCGCUUCAUCCUUAUUCCACGCAAACUCCUCGCAUCGCUGCAUCAUCCCGUCGAAGGGCUAUUCCACGGCACGUACUGGGUGUCAGUAGCUCUGAUACUCAACUGCGCAUAUAUCUACGGCAACGCGGACACCGGGCCUUGGUUCCCAAAGGCACUCGAAGUCUGUUUUUGGAUAUACUGCAGCAUCGCAUUCAUCAUCGGUGUCUUUCAGUACUCCAUGUUUUUCCGUCUCGAGCGUCUCAAUGUGACGGAUGCGGUGCCAGCUUGGAUUUUCCCUAUUUAUCCGCUACUGGUGGUCGGAACGCUGGCAGGCACCAUAUUGCCUGCUCAACCAAAAGGGCCCAGCUGGAACAUUUUUAUUGGAGGAGUACUGUUGCAAGGCGUUGCUUGGGUCGUGUCGUUCCUCAUGUACGCCAUAUAUAUGCAGCGAUUGAUGACUGGCCAUCUCCCAUCACCCGCAACGCGUCCUGGAAUGUACGUUUCAGUGGGUCCAGCAGGCUACACUGCGGCAGGAUUGAUCUCUCUGGCCAACCAAGCACCCACCUUCAUCGGCGCAAACUACUGGACGGAUAGCCCAUCACGCGACGGCGACAUAGUACGCAUCUUCGGCAUCAUGUCCGGUCUCUUCGUUAUCCUCUUUGCCUACUGGUUCUUCUUCAUUACUACUGUCGCUGUUCUAGCUGGGGUCCGCAAAAUGUCCUUCUCUUUAAAUUGGUGGGCGUUCAUCUUCCCAAACGCCGGCCUGACCCUUGCCACCAUUCAAGCCGGCAAAGUUCUUAACAGCGAAGCAUUGAAUGGCAUUGCCAGCGCUUUGACGAUCAUACUUGUCAUCAUGUGGUUCGUCACUGCGUUCUUCUGUGUUCGCGCUGUGUAUCGUGGGGAGAUUAUGUGGCCUGGCAAAGACGAAGAUAGGACUAUGGAGAGGAUUGGUCGGGGCUGGAAGAGCAAUAGGAAUAAUUCCGAAGCAAGGAGGGUUAUUGUCCGGGAUGACUUCAGCUAAGAGUCCAUAUAUGCA